AUGAAAUCGGGGCCCUCUAAUAAUGCACCUAGCAGUAGUAACGACGGCGCCAGGAACGUGAAAUGGCUCGAUGGACUCCGUGGUAUCGCCUCUUUCCUAGUCCUCUUAACGCACCUAGCACGUGCAUUUGACUACAACUUGUUCAAUGCCAGAGAUGCCGAGAAUGGACCGGUUCGAUUGUUACAGCAGCCCAUCCUACGGAUUCCUUGGCAAGGAAGGAUUGGCGUCACGAUUUUCGCUUUUCUCACCGGCUACGUAUGCGCGCUUAAACCGUUGAAGCUUUCGCGGGCGGGCCAUCAUCAGGCCGCAUUUUCUUCUAUCGCGAAAAGCGCGUUUCGCCGCCCACCUCGAUUGAUGUUUCCCGCUACCAUUGCCAUGGUUAUUGCAUGGGUCGUAGCGCAACUCGGCGCCUUCACUGUCGGCACGAGGUGCGAUUCCGGCUGGCUCCGGUUUUCCAGCGUAGGAGUAGAUCCUUCACUCUUCCACGAGAGCAAAAGACUUUUCUGGGUCUUUCUUUCCACUUGGACUAAUGGGCACAUGGACUAUGACGACCAUCAAUGGGCUUUGCUGCCAUUGCUCUUAGGUGCUAUGAUGGUCUAUAUCACACUGUUCGCUACAAUGUACAUGCAGUACCGGUAUCGAAUGAUAGUUUAUGCCACGCUAUACCUGUACUUCUGGCAAAACCCAUCUCCUGAUACAGAAACAUUUGGACAGCAAUUCUUUUUUGGCAUGUUCCUUUGCGAUUUGUCGUACCACCAGACAGCACAAGCUUUGAUUGCAGACUACCGCUGGCCUCGGAGAAUCAUCUGCUCCAUACUAGCUGCGACAGGCUUAUUCGUUGCCUCCUAUCCGGCGCACAAUGCCGAAUGGUGUGGCUGGUCAAAUUUUCUUCUUGAAGCCUCUAAGCACAUAUUCCCUGCUGAUGUCAAUCUGGGGAAACGCUACACAGCUUUGGGGGUUAAUCUACUAAUUCUAGCUAUUUACCUUUCUCCAUCUGCAAAGUCCUUUCUUUCCAAGCGUCUGUUGUUAUGGUUUGGACACUGUAGUUUUGCGGUGUAUCUUACCCAUGGCACACUGCUCCGUACUGUGCUUGUAUGGAUGAUUUACGGUGUUUCUGGUCAGCCCUGGGAGGAGUGGACGAAUGACAAUGGCGAAAUUGAGCACUCGCCGUACCUUCCCCGAGGUUCGACAUUAACAUUCGCAAUCAGUCUUCCCAUGUGGUUUGUACUUGUCUAUAUCGUUGCUCACUACUGGACUGUAUAUGUUGACAGUUUCUGUGCACGACUGACACAGAGGAUAGAGAACCAUGUUUUCGAACCUACUGAAAAGCCUGUUAAUGGCUUACCGCUGUGA